UUUUCGAGGCGCCUUGUACGAGUAGUAAUCGAUGAAUGAGCGUGCUGGAGAGACUGUUGAUUUCAAGAAACAGUAAAACAGUCUACGCUGAUAAAUUUGUUGGACUAACCUGGAAGGUAGUAGGGACUUUACAGCACGCGAGGACAGAGCUUUUUCUCAAUGGAAAGAGCGGACAAGCUGUGCUCUGAUUGGGAACAUCCUACAAGGCAAUGGCUGUAAGCUCCGGGAAGCAGCGGACUUUGUUUCAAACGUGGGGCGCCAGUGCAGCCCCUCGUCAGCCCACACUUUCCAAAGGGCAGACGGACACUGCUUGCAAGACUUCUACCAAAGAGAAGCCGCCGAGGAAGCAGCUGCGCGAGACGCCGGCACAACGGAGCACGUUGUGGGGCACUGUGGGUCCAGCCGGAGUAGAGCAAGUGGCCGAAGAUGACGACGACCUGCUCCUCGUGGCAGUGUACGAAGCGGAGCGGAGUCUGAAUGCUCCCGCCGCUGACACGGUCCCUGCGGAGCCCACACAGGCGCCAUCGCUUCCUUCGGUGCUUCCUGGCAUCGAUAUGACAGCCGCUGACGUGUGGAUUUAUCCCACAAACUAUCCAGUUCGCGACUACCAGUACUCGAUCACCCAAACUGCACUCUUCAACAACACCCUGGUCUGUCUCCCCACUGGCAUGGGAAAAACGUUCAUCGCGGCGGUGGUAAUGUACAAUUUCUAUCGAUGGUAUCCCUCGGGUAAGAUCGUCUUUAUGGCACCCACCAAGCCGCUGGUAGCCCAGCAGAUAGAGGCUUGUUACCAGGUGAUGGGAAUUCCACAGCAACACAUGGCGGAGAUGACAGGUAGUACACAAGCUGCGGACCGUAGACAGAUUUGGCGCUCUCGUCGUGUGUUCUUCUUAACACCUCAAGUGAUGGUAAAUGACAUGUCGAGGGAGGCAUGUCCAGCCACUCAAGUCAAGUGCCUCGUCAUUGAUGAGGCUCACAAGGCUUUAGGCAACCAUGCCUACUGCCAGGUUGUCAAGGAGCUGACUAACUAUACACUGCAGUUUCGCAUUUUGGCUUUGAGCGCAACUCCUGGCAGUGAUAGUAAAUCUAUCCAGCAAGUAAUAUCAAAUCUACUAAUUUCUCGAAUUGAAUUGCGUUCAGAGGAAUGUCCUGACAUCCAGGCAUAUUCUCACCAACGCUGUGUUGAGAAAAUUGUGGUGCCUUUAGGAGACAAGCUUAAAGCCCACCAGGCUAAAUAUCUGCAGGUUUUGGAGGCAUUUGUUAGUCGGCUGAUUAGGCUAAAUGUCCUUUCACGAAGAGACUUUCAAUCUCUUACUAAGUACCAGCUUGUUCUAGCUCGAGAUCAGAUGAGGCGAAACCCCCACCCUCACAUUACAGGUUUACAACAGGGCAUUGUGGAAGGUGAUUUUGCCCUCUGCAUUAGUCUUUAUCAUGGCUACGAGCUCCUGCUUCAGAUGGGAUUACGGUCCUUGUUCCUUUUUAUGCAAGGCAUUAUGGAUGGCACAAAGGGGAUGACAAGAGCCAGGAAUGAACUGAGUCGAAAUGGUGACUUUAUAGAAUUAUAUGAGACGAUGAAAGAUAUGUUUAUGGGUACUAAUGGAGUUUCAGCUGCAGGAGUUGAAAAACCAUUCAUUUACAGCCAUCCUAAACUGAAAACUUUAGAAGAUGUGGUUGUUGAACAUUUUAAGUCUUGGGCAGGAUUAAGAGACCAGGAAACUUCAGGAGGAAAUGAAUCUGCUGUAGACACUCGUGUCAUGAUAUUUUCUUCUUUUCGGGAAAGUGUGCAGGAAAUUGCAGAGAUGUUAAGCUGUCAUAAGCCUUUGCUCCGAGUCAUGACAUUUAUGGGACAGUCUUCUUCUGGCAAAAGUGUCAAGGGCUUCACCCAAAAGGAGCAGCUGGAGGUUGUCAAACGAUUUAGAGCAGGAGGCUUUAACACCUUAGUUUCUACUUGUGUUGGAGAAGAAGGUCUGGAUAUUGGAGAGGUAGACUUGAUUGUUUGCUUUGAUGCCCAGAAAAGUCCAAUUAGGUUGGUACAGCGCAUGGGAAGAACCGGCCGCAAGCGCAGAGGCAGAAUUGUGGUAAUUCUUGCUGAAGGCAGAGAAGAGAGAACAUAUAAUCAAAGCCAGAUUACUAGAAAAAGUAUUAAUAAAACAAUUUUAGGCAGCAACAAAGCUUUCCAUAUGUACCCAAACAGCCCACGGAUGGUUCCAGAUGGGGUCAGUCCUGUUUGUCACAAAAUGUACAUAACAGUUGGGCAGUACCAGCAUAGUGAAAAAGCACGACGGUCUUCCAAGGCCCGAAAAUCAGGAACUGAUUUGUUGGACUCUUUCAUGUUCCCACGAAUGCCAGAAGAAGAGUCUUCAAAUGGAUUGUUAACAGCUAAAGAAUAUGAAGCAUGGAAAAGUAUGUUUUGUCUUGAAGAGGAACCACUGCCAAAACUAAAAAAGAAAGAAAGCCCUUGCUCUGAAAAUACAUCUAAAGUACGGGAGCUGUCUCUCUCAGAGUGGAGAUACUGGCAAAGCCAACUUUUUCCUGUUGAGAAGGUUGACCAUUCACACCGGUGCAAGAAUUUUGUUGACAUCAUGAGACUAAUUGAUAGUAUGCGAGAGGAAGAAGAGCAGCAAAUUGGUGAAUGCCGUUAUGCUCUGGAGCUAAUGCCACAUCUUCACUCAGAGGAUGUUUGCAGUACAGGUGACAGAAGAAACUCGAAUAAAGCAAAGGCGAAAUCUAAAAACUUGGACCAAUGCAAUGUGAAUGGGCUUUUCAAAUCUGGAGUAGUACAGAAAGACCUUUUGUUGCACCCAAGGAACUCCACUAAAAGGACCAUGUUGAGGUGCAACUCUGCACCGUCAUAUAACAAAACAUUCAUGGACACCAUGCCAGGUCCUGUAGACCACAGAGGUUCACAAAGCUGGGCCUUGCUGGACAGUAAGUCUGCAGAUGACUUGGAAAUGGCGCAUUCUGAAUCCACAUCAAAGAUCAAAUUUAAUACUUCUAAUAAUGCAGGGGCUUUGACCCAGUCUUUAGAUGCCAUAGAACAUUUUGUAGAAGACAAAAGAUUAAGUCCAAAAUCGGACUUUGCUUUCUCAUCUGUUGGUUUACAUGAAGAAGCCUUAUUAGAUCUGUCUAAUAUGUUUUAUUUGCAAAAUGAAAAAACAUUUGUAAAGGCAGAUAUAGCUGAAGACCUUCAGGAUAAUGUAAAGUCAAUUCUGACAAGUGUUAAAGACUUUUUGGCCAAGUCUCCUCCUCAUACACUUAAAAUAGAAUCAAAGCCUGAGGUAAAAGAGGAGGCCUGGAGUCCUCAACAGAUGCUUUAUCCACCUGUCAAUUUUUGUUUGGUGGAAAAUUCUGAUAGCAAUCAUGAAGAUGAGGAAUCUGUUGUAGAACUUGAUACAGGCCCCAAAAGACAGCAAGAAGUUGUAUCUUUAAGUGACCACUCAGAGAAAAGUGAGAUGCUUAGCUGUCAAAGCUGGGAUGAAGUUUUUGAUGUUGAAAGCAUCUGUGAGGAUGAUCUUGACAAUGGCAGACAAGUUAAACAGGAGCGGGCAGCAAUUGGCACAGAGCAUUCUUUGACUGGCACUAAUUUAAUGGAGCAAAAUGAUAGCAGGGACUUGUUUGAAGAUGAUGAUCUUUUCCGGGAGGCUGCUACUUCAUGUUUGUCUGCCAGAUCCAACAGGGAACCAAAUGAACGUAACCUUGUAAAACCUGACUUAGAAGAAAAGCAGAUAGAGUACCAUGAAGACACUGACUUUGAGGAGUUUGAGCAGAAAAAAUCUGCAGAGGAUGCAGAGGUAUUUGAUUGCUCAAAUGAACUCUUUUCUGUGAACUUUGACUUGGGCUUCUCUAUUGAGAGCUCUGAUGAGGAGGCUUCAGAAAAGCUUCAGGACAUUGAGAGAGAGGCUUUGAAUCCUGCAACCAGUUACUCAUCACCAGAAAAACCUGGCUGUCCAGGCAAUGGUGAUGUUGCACUGAAACAGGGUCACCUUUUUGAUAUAUCAACACCUACAGCUUACUUUUAUGAUAAAAGUUCAACCCCCUUGAGUCACCAUGCACCAACAAAAAGUGUUAGCAAUUCUGUUAUAAAGCAGGUGUCUAAGAUUUCCCCAUUAUUUGUGAAAAAACAACAACAGCUGGAGUUAGCACAGCCUUCCUCACCAUCUUACCUUUCUUCUACCGUUGAGACCCCCAACCACAGGAACACAGAGUCAUUCUUUAAAAGAAAGAGAGAAGCUUCUGAAGGCUUUAGGGAAAGAGGAACGCCAGGCUCAAUCAAAAGAGCCUUCCUGUUACAGGAACAUUCGGAGAAGACGCAAACUCCUGCAAGCAGGACGCCGAAUCGGAAGCUAGUACUGCCAAAUAUAUCCCUUCCACCAGUAGUUACCAGCAGUGAUAGCGAAGAGGAAAUCAUUCUGAGAAGGCAGGGUAGACGGGCCAUGGCAAAUAAACUGGCAUCUCCAAAAAGUGAAAGUGAUCGGGAUUCUCCUGUAAUGCCAAACAGAAAGCGCAGUUGUCCACUAAACAAUUCCUCGAUUAUAGAGUUGUCAGAUGAUGAUUUCCAGGACACGUCACUUGUCGUCUGUAAAAGAGAUAAUCGUCUCGACGCCAGUAACAGGGAGAAAAGCAAGAGCUUGAAAAGACUGAAGCUUCAGAAAAAGAGUGAGAAGCACAGCCAACAGGGCAGUGCUCGCUAUUUUCUGGAUGAAGAGGCCAAGGUUUCUUCUGAAGAAGCUGAAAACAUUUCAUCUGAUGAGGACGGUAGUUCUGAGGAAGAACAUGAAAACUCGCUUGCAGGGUUUGUUGUGGACCAAACUCAACUCUCUCAGGGCCUAAACGAUUCGGAAAUGCAAGGCGUUUACUUGAAAUCGGUGAGGAGUCCCAUCAUUCAAAAUAAAUACAAAAUGGUCUUCAAGCAAAAACACAGCAUAAACAUCUUUUCUCAGAUUCCAGAGCAGGAUGAGACGUACCUGCAGGAUAGCUUUGUUGUGCAUGAGGAGGAGGAAGAGGAGGUAAACCCAGAGGAAGUGACAGCAGUGGAGCUGGAGCACGAAGACUCUUUAGAGGGCACACACAAACGGUAUCACACACGGCGGCAAGCACAACUAAAGCAGCUAACUCGCAAACCUCAAGGCAAGAAGAAAGGGUCUCGCAUCAUCAUUCAGGAGGACUCCAGUGAUGAGGAAGGAAGCUGUGCGGGGAACCUUCAGAGCAGGGGAGACCAAGCAUUUGCAUUUAAGACCCCCAAACCAGUCACAGCACUACAGUCUCCAAAGAGCACUUCAACUGGGCAAGACCAGGCUCGGGUCAGAAUGAAUCUGAGGGUAAGCCUGGCAGACACCAUCGACUUCCAGCCUGGGCCUUCACCAGCCUUGGUCAGGACUUCUCCAGCAAAGCACAAGCUUGUUGCACCAGGAGAAGAAGAGGAGCCAAAGGCAGAAAGCUGUGAGCUCAACAGGAUGUCCAAUCCACCCAGUGUUCCCAGCACCUCUGAUGUCAAGCCUGGCCCCCUCUGCAUACUGGUCAACAGCCGAGAGAUCCUGUCUGGCCCCGAGAUUGUAUCUUGCUUGCGGCUGCAGCAUGGCAUGCGGGUUGCGGUCUCCUCCCUUGGAGUUUGUGACUUCAUCGUCAGUAACAGAAUGGCGGUGGAGCGGCAGAGCGAGUCCGACAUCUCUAGUGUGCAAAAUCGGGCCAAGCUGACUGAAAGAAUAAAGGAGCUUCGGACCUGCUUCGACAGAAUCUGCGUUAUUGUGGAAAAAGACCGGCUUAAGCCAGGAGAGACCUUCAAAGAGUGUAGUAAAAGCAAAACCUACACCAGCACGGUGUCAGCUAUGAUCAAGGCUGGCAUUCGUGUGCUUUUCAGCUCCAGCCCCCUCGAGACUGCUGGGCUUCUGGCAGACCUGGCUCACCUAGAGCAGCGGAAAUCAAUGGCCAUCAGCGUGCCCUUGGAGGUCACAGGCCCCCGGCAGCUGGCGUUCGACUUCUACCUGGCCAUUCCUGGCGUCAGCUACGUUGCAGCCCUCAAUCUGUAUCAUCGUUGUGGCAGCGUGUGGAAGGUGGUAAACAGUUCGGUGGAAGAGCUGGCAGCAGUUAUGGGCCUCGGGCGGCGGCGGGCAGAGCAGAUCUUUCGAUAUUUCCACCAUGUCUUUGAUCCUCAAAUGCUCCCGCACACAACCGACGCUGGGGGCAAGAAGAGCAGCAGAUGACAUGCAUUUGACUUCCUGGGUGCAGGAUGGGGGGGGGUCCGGACAAGACGCCACCCCCCACACCACUGGUGCUGCGUUUUGUUGUUUUUUAAAUUAAUGUAUAAAGAAUUAUGGAAACCAAGAAAA